CCACAGCCCGAGGAGCGGUUGACGAGGAUCCGCCUGUAAACAACAAGGAAGCAGGGAGACAUUAAGUAAAGCACUCUUCAUUCAAAGCCUGCACGGGAAACAAGGAGGCAUCGAGGAAGGUGAGAGACGAAUACACUUUUCCACAUCUCUGUCUUUCAGGACACGAUGGCUACGGAUUUUCCAGGUUGUUUUAAGACAGCUGAGACCGGCCCGACAGGGAGGCAGUGAAGCUCUGAAGAUUGUUUUCACUGAGCAUCAAUCUGGAAAAUAACAAACUUCUCGUUAUCCUCUCAAUCAUCAGCGCUGACAGCUGGACGUCUGAACUGGGCGUUUUUUUUUCUCUUUGCCUGGAGACUCCUCAAACUUAAGGAGCAUUAAAGGGAAAACAGAGGCACAACUCCAUCUCGCUGACAGGAAAACAAUGUGUUCCUUUGUUAUUGUCCCAAAACUCAGAUGUUGCCAGAAAGUCAGCUCUCUCUUGCGGUGUCAAGUAAAUGAAUCAGUAAGAAAUCCUCAAGAGCUAUUUCAUAAUGCUUGGUGUAUUUUUUCUAAACUAGGAUAUUUUUUACCUUUGAGCUGUCACACUCUGAAUCAAGAAUAGACUCUUGAUAGUGCCAGCAUUCUCCUAGUCAGGUUGGGUCAAGUCAACUUGACCCGACAUGCGGAAUUUUGAAAAAGCACAAGCGAGGACUAACCAAUAAAACAUAGAUGAGGCCAACAACGAGCACCAUGCUCCAGCAGAAUAACAACAACAACUACCCCUGCCUGAAUGUGUCAGGCUCCACCAGGGAGAUGCUCCAGAAGUGCUCUCGAGCCUCUUUGCCCUUCCCCAGCCGAAUGGAGCUGGGCCUGGGAGACCUCCCGCUGAUCCGGGGCCUCCGGGCCUGGGCCCUGUGCUCCAAGAACCGGCGGAAGGCUGGUGGUCUGCUGGGUGGAGGCCAACCCCCCACAGCAACUCCUGCAGGCCGUGGGGGUUCGACUUCCUCCCCCAGGCCUGCAGAUGUGUACCUGAGCGGGGAGUGGGGUCGCAUGGGGUACGGCCUUCCCUUGGGGCUGGAUGCCAGGCAGGUUGGGAUCGGAUCUUUGGUAACAGUUGCCACUCUGAAAACCUCAGAGGGCAGUGGGAAGACACAGACCCAAUGCCUCUUCCUCCGGACUGAGAAAGGGAGCUGUUUGUACUCCACGGCUAAGCCCAGUUCUGGUCUGACUACCGGUGCAGCCUCCACCGUGGUUGGGGGGUGGCUGAGAGGGAAGACAGGAGGAGGAGGAGAAGGCGGCAGAGACAUCCCAGCCGGAAGGAGGCACAAUGGGCCAACUCCGCUGGUACAUACCGGAGUAAACCGGGUUAGGGUACGAUCCGGCCGGAGAUGGAGGAAGUCUGGUAAUGCAGCAGCCCGGGAGAAAGCAGACGCGAACAGAGCAGGGCAGGAGAGUAGCAGAGAGGAUCCUGCUGGAGAAAUCACUCCCGAAGAAAGGCAGGAAAAGCGAGACAAAGGGGGCCUGGCCAGUAAACAGUCUCCCAGAAGGGAGAAAGAGGAAGCCUGCAGAAGUCCUCGAUGCUGCCACAGUGCUGCUCCCAAAACGUGUACUCAGUGUGAAAAGAGAGCACAGAGGAGGGAAAGCCAGGACGAACGCGAUGGAGGUGAAUGUCCAAGAAGAAGCACCUCAAACAGGCUGACUGGUGAGGCGAUGGGAACGAGGAAGGAGAGGCAAAAGAAUGAGGAGGAAGCGGACAAGGGGGGGCUCUGCGGGUUAGAGUCGUCCAACUCACCUUUGGCUGUACCUAACUUUGACCUAGAAGCUAAACACUUUCAUCCACAAUCCCACAGUGGCUGUGAUGUUGAAGAGAUUAGAGAAGUCGAGAGCAACGAGGAGCCGAGGACACAAACCUCUCAAGGCGAAGAUAAUUAUUCAGAGUUAGAGGAGGAUACAAACUCUGAGGUUAUGAAAUUGCAUCCCGGAAAUAAUGAUUUGAUUCAUAGCCACUCCGUGCAGGUGACUGAUGACUUUAUAUCAUUUCCCUAUCAUGUGGAGGCAGAUCAAGAAUCAGGGAAAGAGAUGGAGAGCGUUGAUCUUGUAGAUGAGGAAAGGAGCAUUAAUCAGACUCCUGCUGAAUUCUCGGUUGUAUCUGUCUGGUAUGAAGACAUCUCUGUUUCCGACUGCCCUGCCUCCAUCAGCACUGCAGUCCCCCCGGAGCCCUCCGCUCCAGUAGAGGGCAGCACCUGCAAUGCAGACCCUCUGAUGUGUGGUGUUCAGGGAGAGCAAGAGAACAGCAGAGGAGAUCACCUUGAGUGUUAUCAACAUGGGGUGGCAGACCCAGUGAUCGUGGGUAAAGAAGAACUGGUUGUCAGUAGAUUUGAGCAACAAGAACCAAACCGUGUGGCUGACGAGAACAACACUGUGAACAAGAGCACAAGCAGAAAAGCCCAGUCUUUCGUUCAACAUGUGGUUAGCCACAGUCAGCCAGAGGAGAGAGAAGCUUCAUCUUUGCCUCUCAGACACGGCGAUCUUUCUAUCUUUGAGACAGACGGGAGGAUUGUGACAGGAAACGCUUGCAACUAUCAUACAACUCAGCUUAACAGAGCCGAGCGGAGGGAUGAGCUGGCGUGGGAAAAUAGAGAAGAGGAAUCAAAAGGAGAGAAUGUAGAGGAGAGAGUAAAACCUGAGGAAAGGGAUGAAGCUGGGGCGAUUUGGCGGAGGGAGGGCACUUGCGACGAGCUGGACGAUAGUGAUGGUAAAGGCGAUGACGACAUAAACAACAUAAAUGACAGUACCAUCUGCAAGGAUGAUGAUAAAGGAGCAACAAUAAACUGUGCACUAAAAGACAACCCAGUGGAGUUGGUAGAUGAAUGCAGGGGGAGGAAGAAAGAGGUCACAGACACCUGUGGACAAACAAGCCUCACCCAUGUUGAAGCAAAUGGAGAGGCCAGCGCUAACGUCACUAAUGUUGCCUGUGCUGAUCCCUUCCUGGCUAAUCCUGCCCCCUCCUCACCCCCCCUGGGGUCCAUGGCAACCAGCCUGCCCUGUCUGGAGGCGGUGGAAGAAGAGGAGAAGGAAGGCUUCGGAGUGCCGGCAGGAGACGGAAAAGGAGGCCAGGAAGGGAACGGGAGGUUUGGGAGACCACCGAAGGAGCAGGGCGAGGAGGAGAGGGGCUCCAUCGUGGCCACUGAGGAGGGGAGGAACGAGGAGGAAGAUGAGUUUGGAGUAUUCAUACAGGCUGAGGGAGAGCCGGCCUGGAGCGGGGGACACGCCAUGUCUGCCUCAGUGCCUUGUGGGAGCAGAGAAAGUGUUGCACUUGAAAAUCACACCAUCGCCGGGGAGUCGACCCCCUGGACACCAGGCUGGACGGACAACUCGUUCCACCAAUCAGACGACACCUGGACAGCCUUUUCUCAGGAGUCGUCAGAUGAAGGUCGAGAUGUGGUGCGACAGUGGUGGCCGACCAGCGCUGUGGGAGGGAGCAGAGACAGCCUCUCGGCCAAUCAGACUCUGGAGUCUGUCUUCACUGAAGCCUUCCCCUCGCUGCCUCAGUCGUCCUCAAAUGACCCCUGUGACCUCCAUACUGUCCCCACACUGGCCCAGCUCCUCAGGGGCAGAGUCAGCCAUGACCAGGGGCUGUUGGACGGUUUCCACGACUUGAACAAAAUGAUCUGUCAGAGAUACAAGAGAGCGAAUGGCGUGUCUCGUGACCUUCUGCUGAGGACUUUGCACCUGGAGCCGUCGUGCGUCGAAAGCAGACCUAACCCCUGGACAGGCAAUCGCCGUCUCUCCCCCGGCCUCCCCUCGGCCAAUCGGCACGCUCAGAAUGCUGCCGCUAAGCGACGGCUGUCCUACGACUACAACAGAAACGUUGUGGAGUAAUAACUGUGCGGGCUCAGCUCUGGUUGUGAAUCCUCCACGUUUGCCUGAAGAACUGCAGGGUUUUAACCCCGGCAUGACGGCAUGGACCAACAGCAGUUUUCUAAAGAAGCUGUGGAUUGACAACUUGUGUACUAUCUGCUCGUCAAACACUGACUGACCUUUUGACUCUUUGCACUCUCCCUGGUUAUUUAAAGCUGAGCCAGUGAGUAGACGCAACCUGGAUGAGAAUGGUUCUGUUUCAGAAGUCGUCUCCUCCAGCUCCUGCUGAUGUAUACUGGUGGAGUGUUUCCAUUAUGUGCCACCUUGUUCACCACCACCACCCUCCUACUUUCAUUUUCCUUGUCGAGCCUGAUAACAGCAGAUUGUCAAAGAUUGCUUGUGCGAUGACUUGUAAGUUACAAGGUCAUAAGUGUGUUGGAGGAAGAGUCAAGAACCUCAUGAUGUCACCACAUCAACCUGGGAUUUUUCCUUCCUGUUCAUUUAUUAUCUGAAAUUGUACCUUUUUAAAAUACAUAUUUUCUCUCCAUUAGAGCUGCUGUUUUUGACAGAAGUUGUCCCAUCGAUUGAACUGGUGCAGCGCCCAUUUGCGGCGUACCCUGUUCAGAGUGGGCGGGUAGCUUGGCACCUGGUCCUAGAAGUGCUGCAGAAGAGUUUGGUUGUAAUGUUGGUUUAUCCAGCAUUCUGCAACAUCAGUGAGCUGCAGUCUGUACAGCGGCCUUAGGGGCGACAUGCUAAUGUCCGCAGAGCCCUGAAGCUCCUCCCCCCUUUUAAUAUAUAAAAGAAUCCUAGCACCCAAAUUGCACCAGUCAACAAAGCACUCCGCAGGUCAGAUACGGGGUUCUCCAGAUAUGCGGAGGACACACAGACAGAGACUUCCUGCUUUAUGGUCGGAUUCAAUCUCAUUGGGUUAAGUCAAACAAAAACAUUGAAUUGCAAUCAAUGAAUGAUUAGAAAUAAAUAUCAUUUUUUUCUUACAUCCAUCAUUUUGGAUGCUGAGCAUGGAUCGCUAACUAGCUUAUCAAUAUUGGCAUCGGCAAGCAUUCUCCUUUUUCUUUUGCAAAAUAUGUUUAUUAUCCAGAAUAUGAAUUUUCUCUUUCUCUUCUCCACCAGAGAGUUGUCUAACCCAACCCAAUGAGAUUUUCUUUCUUUCUUCCUUUUCUCUUUUUAGCUAUUCUGUAUCAUUAAGUGCCAAGUCUGAUAUAUCGGGGCUUUCCUGAGAAAACUACAUUUUUAGUUAUACUUUCAAAUACACAAACACAAAUCUUCCGCCUGCCUCUGAGAAAAUAUGUUUUUGUUUUGUUUGAGGAAAAAAACAAACCUAUUUGUUUUGCUUUCACUCUAUUAACACAGUGGCUUUGACCCUGUGACCACAGGAAAUCUUUAUUCAAACACAUAACAGAAACCUGCUGGCCCGACAUACCUCUUAAAUAAUUCCAGCUGCAUGUCAAAGCAUUCAUUUUCCCUCCCUUUCUUGUUUUUGAAUGAUAGAAAGAACACGGAUCAUGUGAUCCAACUGGAGAUCAUUGGUUUUACUUGCAGGAGGCUGAAGAUGUUAUGGUAUGAGUCUGAAAAAUAAUUACAUUUUGCAGAGCGAUGCAUGUGCUUUCAUUGUGUAUUUGCCACAGAAUAGCCAAGAAUGGAAAUGAGUCUUUAAAAAAAAUUAUUUGGUUCCUGGUAGAACAAGUUUGUCUUCCAGUCAGUGCCAACAGGAACAGCGAUGAACAUGCCAAUGUUUACGAGGAGCGACGCAGACGCAGAGGAAACAUCGCCUCUUGUUCCUCAGGCAUGCUGAAGUGGACUCAAACCCUACAUCUUGGCUAGGGAGGUUACUAUCUUUCCGUUGUCUUAGUCCCUCUCCUUGAGUCCACUUCACGGGCAAAACUUGAAUCUAGCAGCCAAUCAAAACAAUGUUGUUGUUUUUUUGUUUGUUUUUAUGAAAAUAUUGUUCACAUGACCGUGUCAAUGAUGCACUGUACAAUUUUAAUUUAGACAUACUUUUACACAGAAGAAGGUUUAUUUCACUUUGUUGUAUAUUUCACUUCAUGAUGAUAUUCAGAAACAACCGUGUGUGUGUGUGUGUGUAUGUGUGUGUUUGUGUGUGUGUGUGUGCGCGUGUGUGCGCGUGUGCGUGUGUGUACAAACGAAUUGCUGAAAAAGAACAAGAUGAAUAUAUUCUGAUCUGUUCAAACGAGGAAGGAGGAGUAUGUCGCCUUGGUAACCGAUGUAAUAAAACAAUACUGUGUGAUGGCUGGUUGCUUCCUGGUGACAUUCCCAAAAAAAUAAAAAAAUAAAUAAUAACACACGAGCCGGAACUGUCCCCCUGACUGUGAGUACACAGUG